AUCAACAAACAACUGUGAGAAUGGCACAAACAACUAACGCUGAUUGAAUAAAGAAAUAAUCAUUGUUAAGAAAACGCUAUGAUUUGAAGAGGCAUUUGGUAGAUGAUGUCUAGUGGUAUUUUUGUACUUCUUAUCUUUGUUUGGUUUAGUAUUUCGAUUGGAGGAACUUCGGGAAAUGUAACGUGUGACGAAUGCGAAUACAACCCACUUUCACCUUUGGUGAUGUGCAAAAACUUACCUCUGGACUUUCUCAACUGCAGUGAGCCCCUGGACUUGGGUGGAAAUGAAACCAAACGGAAAGAAUUAGGAUACGGAUGUACAAAAUACGGAGGUGAGAGGUAUGAAGACGUACAAAAAACGGGAGUGGUGUGUGAUGUCCUGCCAGACAUUGAGUGCUUUGGUAACAAGACAUUCAUACGAGAAGGAUUUCCAUGCAUAAAAUAUAAUGGGCACUACUUUGUUACAACCCUGAUUUACUCUGUUUUACUGGGAUUUCUAGGAAUGGACAGAUUCUGUUUGGGUCACACAGGUACAGCUGUAGGAAAACUUCUUACACUAGGUGGUGUUGGUAUCUGGUGGAUUGUUGACAUCAUACUUCUAGUCAAUGGAAUCCUUUUACCAGAAGAUGGAAGUAACUGGGUUCCUUAUUACUGACAAACAUUUCAGUGACUGUUUAUCUUACUAGAUAGAUCAGCAUCAUUGCCAAGCUUGGUUUAUAGAUCCUGAAAACAAUAAGCUUGGUCUGGCAGCAAGGCACUCAAUCAGAAUUAGCAGCCUGGUUGUCCCUCUGUCACUUUUUCCAGGAUACAUCUGGUAUACACCUUUUCAGCUUUGUACAUAGAUAGAGAGGGAAAGAGUGCGAUAGAGAGGGUAAGAGUGAGAUAGAGAAGGAAAGAGUGAGGUAGAGAGGGAAAGAGUGAGAUAUAGAGGGAAAGAGUGAGAUAGAGAGGGUAGAGAGAGGACUUCUUGGGUAUCAAUAUUAUAAGACAUGUUAUUGUCAUUAUGCAAUGUUGUGAAUGAACUGGAUCUGUUUAAUUUAUCUGUUGUCAAUAUCACUAUGUACUUAGUUUGUCUUACUGUGUCUAAUAAAUAAAAAGAUGUGUAGAAA